AUGAAAAACAACAAUGUCGUUUCACAGUUCAAACAUAGAAAGAACUUGCUGAAACUGACCCUCGAAACGAGGGAUGCAUUGGCAAAUGCACAGUGCAGGUACAAUCUGUGUAUACUUGCGGUUGCUAAAUCCUUAAGGUUGAUUACCUCUAGAAAUUCAUCUCCUUCCUGUGACCUCACAAGUUAUCCUUUCCUUGAGUCCCAUGAAACAACUGAUAAUCAUAAUAUAAAAACAAUGUCCCGUAAGCAAACACGAAUUGAAAGCAACCUUGAAGCCUCUACUUCUUCUUCUUCUUCUCAACCUUCUAAACCUAAACGUUCUUCGUUCUCUUUUAGAAAGGACAAACGAAAACAAGCCUCUUCUUAUUCUUCUCAACCUUCUAAACCUACAUGUCCUUCGUCCUCUUCUAGAAAGGACAAAGGAAAAAAAAAAUUACACCGAGAGAAUGACCUGAAAUUUGAAACCAUACUUGAAGAAAAUGGAGAAGGCGAGGAUGCUGAUGAUGAUGAGAUGGCACAGGCACAAGCUAAGCCUCCGCCAGAGCCACCACUUGAAAGAGAUGAUGUGCCUGGAUGGGAUUUUUUUCGUCCCUAUGAUGGGUUGAAAGCUGAGAGGGAGAGUGAUGUUUCUCAAAGCAAUGAUGAGGAUCAUCUUAGGAUGGUGAGAACAGAAGAGAGGAUUCCUGAGCUAGAAAAGGUUGAAGAGAGUGACAGAAAAGAAGCUAAUAGUAAUGAAAGUGAAAGGGAGACCAGCAACUUCAAAACUGAAACUGAUGGCAAAGUAGAUGCUGAUGCUAAUGAUGGGGAGAUCGAGAACGAAAACAGCCUUAUGAUAGUGAAUGGAGGAGGCACCUCCCAGAAAGACUUAUUGGAAGCCCUCAAGGAAAUUGAGGAACAUUUCCUUAGGGCUUUUGAGUCUGGUUUGGAAGUUUCAAAGAUGUUGGAGGUGAAGAAGUUUCACUUGCAGAAGGGCUGGGAACGCGUUAUCGGUGGCUCCAGUAACUUCUUCACUUCCAUGAGAAGAGGCCGUUCGAUUUCGAGUCGCUCUUCUUCAUGUUUGAGCAUCCUUUCUCCCUCGCGUACAAGAACUUCUGCUUCGUGGGACGAGUUCAGGAGGGAGCCAUUUCUUGACGAUUAUGUUCCAAUGCAAUCGGGCAGUCAUGCUUUCACCUUGUCAAAGUUGUAUGCUUGGGAGAAGAUACUUUACCAAGAUGUUUCGAUUGGUGAGAAAUGCAGGAAGCGUUUUGACAGGAAAUGCUUCAAACUGAGAAACGAGGAAGUUGGAGAAGGACUUUUCAGUGGCGACAGAACAAGAAGUAAAGUGAGAGAAUUGCAUGCCUCAAUAUAUGUUUCAGUGAGGGGUGCAACUUCAACUUCUGACAAAAUUAUCAAGGUGAAAGACGAGGAGUUGCACCCUCAAAUUGUUGAGCUUCUACAAGGGUUGAAGAACAACUGCAAGGUUAUGUGUGAACUUCACGAAGCUCAAAGCAAAGUGAUGUUUGAAGUGGGAUCAUUCAAUUGCCCCAGUUAUGGAGGGUUCAGCUACAAAUCUAACUGUCAUGCCACCCAUCUGCUGGAAAAAAGAGUUGAAUGUUGGCGUGCAUGUUUUUCUGUGUAUACUUCUGCUCAGAAGGCUUACCUCGAUGCUCUUUCUAAAUGGAUAUCGAAAUGCUUUGACAUCAAACCAGGGAAUCAGGGGACCAAUGACCCACCAUUGCUAGUAAUGGUAAAAGAUUGGAAGACUAACUUGGAUAUGUUGCCACACAAGGAGGUCACAGAGUGCAUGAAAAGCUUUGCAAAUGAUAUCAGGAAAGUUUAUGUUCAACAAGGCAAGGAGCAAGACCAGAUGAGGAAGGUUGUUAGAAUGACAGCAAAAUUGGAUAAGAAGGCUGUAGAACUAAAGAAGCUUGAGGACAAGGUUCUUGGGUCAGAGAUCAGUUCUACUAAGGAAGCUGUGCAGUUUAAAUUUGACGAUGGGUAUGAGCGCUUGACAGAAAAGAGAAAUUCAUUGGCAACGUACAAGAACAGGCUUGAGAAACAUAAAGCAAAGCACAUAUCCGGUGUCCAAAAGACUCAGAUGCUCACUUUGCAGCGAAUGCAGACAGGUUUCUCGAAUGUUUUUGAGUCUUUGGUUAACUUUUCAAAGGCUUCUGCUCAAAUGUAUGCUGAUCUUGCUGCAUACAAUGGGAAUGCCAAAGUAACUGGUGGAACAAUGGCAACCCAGCUCAAGUAG